AUGUCACCGACUUUUGAAACCUUACCUGAUGAAAUUUUAAUGCUCAUUUUUCAAUAUUCUGGAGAUGUUCACUCAAUAUUUCGCACAUUUCUUGGCUUGAAUCGCCGACUGAACCAAAUCCUAAUCGACAAACGCUUACAUCUAUUAACCGAUUAUUUAUGCAUCGAUCCAUAUCAUAUGUUCUUCAAUAUUUAUUACAAUUCCGCAGCGUUCAACCGAAUUUCUCAACAGUUCGCCGCAGUAAACAGUUCCGUCAAUGAUCCGGACUUUCGUGAAUACUUUCAAUCUUUAAUCUCCUUCCAUAUCGAACAACAACACAAACGAUGUGAAGAUGACAUUCAUGUCUAUACAACAACGUUCAAAUCAAUACAAAAUUCCAUUCCUAAUGACGAGCGAAUCACGAAUAGUUAUGAAUUACAGCAAAUAUUUCGCAACUUGAUACACUAUCCUGUCAAUUUGAUGGAUAUGAAACGAAUCGAAUCGUUAGUUUUAGAAAGAGGUGCAUAUCUUGAAUGUGAUGGUUCUGCACAGAGUGAUUUCAAUUUUUGCAAGGCAAUUAAUCGAUUAUUACUUUCGGAGCUUUGUUAUCCAAAUUCUACUAAUAAAAACUUGCUUAGUACAGAAAUACAAAUGUUUAAAGCCUUGAUUAUUUCCAAUCCACGGGUCUUAACCAAUGAGGACUUUUAUAUCUACAGUUUAUGUAGCAUUUCUUUCUUUCUCAUCUUUUCUGUUUUUCAAGCGCGAUAUUAUUGCUAUGAUCAAUUGACUCUCCCUGUUAAUAUGCAUUGUUAUCAUGCAAUAGUGGAUUUACUUCUUUUUGUGAUUGAGUACGAAAGAAUACAUUCCAGUGUUUCAGCAUCCGCUCAAGAAAAUCUUUUCGAUAUGUUACAUUUUAUACCUUCACGUGAACUAGUCAAUAGAAGUGGAGUAAUGAUUGAAACAAUUCAACUGGAAAUAUUCAAAAUUAUCGUUGAUAUAUAUAUUUCAGCACAAGUACCUUCGUGGUCUGACGACUUGAAUGAUAGAUUUCAAUCGAUUUUGAAAAAGUUAAUGAAAAAGAAACGUGACGAUGUCAUUCUUUAUAUAUAUCGUCGUAUUCCACAUGUACGAUGCUUCUUUAAUCAGCCGAAAUAUUGUCGAACUAUUGUCAAUAUGAUGACAGGCAGUCAGGAAGAACGAUUGGUGUUUCGGAGAUUUCUUGAUGAAACACCUGUGGAAACGUGGUUGACGAGUAAGCAGCUCGUAUUUAUAUUAUUACAGAAGAAAGAACGAAAAUUAUUGAAAAAGGUAUUGAGAGUAUCACGGUUUCUUAUUGAUGAAUUGGAUGAGGAUGGCAAUGAUCCAUUACUGCAUAUUUGUUUGAAAGUUCGUGGCUGUCGACAUCAAUUGGUAGAAUUAUUAAUUCAAAUGAAAUCAGAUCUUCGAAGAAAAAACUUCAAUGGAGAAGAUUUCUUCAAUGCAAUCAAGUUACCAAAAAAUCGAAAAUUACUGGAAAAAUUAAAUAUCGAUGAUAUUAUGUCUCAAUUGUAUAUGUGA